AUGUCCGAAUUCGAAAGAGAGGGUCUUGUCUCGGUUCCUUCUGACCAGAAGCUACGUUCGGAAGCCCAGUGGAGAGUCUGGAUAGGACAUAUUCGAUCAGCAGCAAAUUCGGAAGGAGUAUGGGACUAUAUCGAUCCCGAAAAGCCAGAUGAUGAGAUCUUGGAGAUCCCUGCUGCCCGUUCAGAGCCGGAAGUCCCUAGAGACAACCGUGGACGACCGAAAGAGCUCGAAGACCUAUCCGAAGACGAAAUCCGAUUAUGGGAUCUGAAAGUGAGGAUCUAUGAGAGAUCUGAAUCAAAGCGUACGAAGCUCUUGAAGACAAUGACGCGCCUAAAUAGUCUUAUUACCCGAUUGUUAGCUACCGAACAUCGCUAUUUGAUCGUGGACGAAGACUCGCCAAGAGAGAAGCUUCUAAAACUAGCUGAAAUGUUCUGCCCAAAGCCGGAAAGCCGCCAACAGGAGCUUCGACGGGCGUGGAGAGCAAUGAUUCGAUCGCCUAACCAAUCAGUUAAUAUCGAUCAGUGGAUUACCCAAUGGGAUUCCCUAUUUGAAGAAGGAAAGGUUGCGAAGAUUCCCGAUUGCUCGCUUGGGGAUGCGUUUGCUAUCAGAGACUUCCUUGAUGCCAUACAGAAUAUCGACGACACCUUCUGUAUAGGCUGGAAGCGUGAGUUAAGCAAGCGUACGGACGAUCUCAAGUUCCAUGAAGUGACGGCGGACUAUCGGCGCCGCCGUACGGAUCUAUCUACGAUACCCCAAAGAUCAGCGUCGAAUAUAGCAUACACUACUAUAAAAGAUCUACCAGAAGAGAUAUUAGACGAAAACGCCUGUCGUACACACUGCCCAUGUGGGAGUGGCAAUCACCACUAUCGCCAGUGCUUCUAUAUCAACAGAGAGUUGAGACCAGAAGGUUGGAUACCUAGAGAAGGAGUGGCAAGGCGAAUCCCUGAAUUUACAAAGAAGAUGAACACCAAGGACCAAGAAGCGAUUGAAGAACUUUUGGAAAAGGGAGAUUCAGCACAUAUAGUAGCGGCUGAGCCAUUUACCUCUAUGAUCGUUUUCUAG